AUGACUUCACCUCAGCAGCCGAGUUCUCCUGCAUUAUUUUAUAACCCUUCGUCUUCUUCACAACCAGAGACAUAUGAGCGUGAUAGUGCAAACAGAGGUCAGAUAAUGGGUUCAUCCCCAUUCAAUCAUCCCUCAUCUCCUCAAUCCUAUCGUAAUGCCUAUAAUUCGGAAGCUGCCUCAUCUCAAAGAAGGACUCCAAGAUCUGAUUUUUCUUUUCCUGCGUCAUCUUUGUCUGCGUCGCAAUCGGGUCGGUUACAACAUCAUAGGAGGGGUGAUAUCCAUGCUUCAGAUCUGUCUUCACCACGACGUAUGGUUAAUUUUGAUUCACCUUCUCAUCUAUCUUCAUCCGAGCCGUCUUCUGAAAUGGAUGAACCCUUAAGAAUUAUCUGGGGUACGAAUGUUUCUAUCCAGGAGGUUACAAACAGUUUCAAGAACUUUUUAAUGACUUUUAAAUACAAGUAUAGAAAGGAAAAGGACGAACAGGAACUGUUCAUAAAUGAUACAGAUCAAGAAUUAUACUAUGUUAAUCAAUUGCACCAAAUGAGACAGCUAGGUACAUGCAAUCUAAACUUGGAUGUUCGUAACCUAUUAUCGUUCCCCGGAUCCGAAAAGCUUUAUCAUCAAUUGUUAAGCUAUCCGCAGGAGGUGAUAUCUAUUAUGGAUCAAGCUGUUAAAGACUGUAUGGUUCAAUUAGUUGUUGAUGUAGCUGGAAUUGAGGGUAAUGAGCAUCUGGCUGAUGUUGAGGCUAAAAUUUAUAAAAUUAGACCGUACAAUUUGGACUCAAGGAAGGGUAUGCGUGAGUUGAAUCCUAAUGACAUUGACAAACUAAUUAGCAUCAAAGGGCUGGUUUUGAGGUCUACCCCUAUUAUUCCAGAUAUGAAAAUGGCUUUUUUCAAAUGUAACGUGUGUAAUCACACUACUGCAGUUGAAAUUGAUCGUGGAAUUAUUCAAGAGCCAUUAAGAUGUCCUCGUGUUGCAUGUAACCAGAGAAAUUCCAUGUCAUUAAUUCACAAUAGAUGUUCUUUUGCCGAUAAACAGGUAGUAAAGCUUCAGGAAACGCCUGAUUUAGUUCCAGAUGGACAAACACCCCAUUCAAUCUCUUUGUGCGUGUAUGACGAACUGGUUGACAGUUGUCGCGCCGGAGAUCGAAUCGAAGUAACAGGUAUUUUUAGGUCCAUACCAAUUAGGGCAAAUCAAAGACAAAGGGCUUUAAAAUCCUUGUACAAGACAUAUUUGGAUGUUGUUCACGUCAAAAAAGUUAGUGACAAGCGAAUUGGUCCAGACACAUCUACCGUUGAACAACAGUUACUACAAAAUCAAAUGGACAAUGUAGAGGAAAUGCGGAAAAUAUCCGACGAAGACAUUGCAAAGAUAAGGAGCGUUGCAGCUCGUCCAGAUUUGUAUGAAGUUUUAUCCAGAUCUAUUGCCCCCAGUAUUUACGAAUUAAACGAUAUUAAGAAAGGUAUUUUAUUGCAAUUAUUUGGUGGUACCAAUAAAACAUUUACCAAGGGAGGUAGAUAUAGAGGUGAUAUAAAUAUUUUAUUAUGUGGUGAUCCGUCUACCUCGAAGUCUCAAAUUCUUCAGUACGUUCACAAGAUUGCUCCCCGUGGUGUCUACACUUCAGGUAAGGGGUCUUCUGCAGUCGGUUUAACUGCAUAUAUUACCAGAGAUGUUGAUACGAAGCAACUAGUUUUAGAGAGUGGGGCGUUGGUGCUAUCAGAUGGCGGUGUGUGCUGUAUUGAUGAAUUUGAUAAAAUGAGCGAUUCAACCAGGUCCGUAUUGCAUGAGGUAAUGGAACAGCAAACUAUUUCAAUUGCAAAAGCUGGUAUAAUUACAACUUUGAAUGCCAGAACCUCAAUAUUGGCAAGUGCAAAUCCCAUUGGCUCGCGUUAUAAUCCAAAUCUUCCUGUUACUGAAAAUAUCGAUUUGCCACCACCAUUAUUAUCCAGAUUUGACUUAGUUUAUUUGGUUCUGGAUAAGGUUUCAGAAUCCACUGAUAGAGAAUUGGCUAGACAUCUGACCAGCUUAUACCUGACAGACCGGCCGACCCAUGUUUCCACAUCUGAUAUACUCCCUGUGGAAUUUUUGACAAUGUAUAUCAAUUAUGCCAAAAAGAAUAUCCAGCCUGUGAUCACACCGACUGCCAAGAAUGAACUUGUGAAGGCUUAUGUAAAUAUGAGAAAGAUCGGAGAUGAUUCUAGGUCUGAUGAAAAAAGAAUUACUGCAACCACAAGGCAACUAGAAAGUAUGAUCCGAUUAUGCGAAGCUCAUGCUAAAAUGAGACUUUCAGAAACUGUAGAAUUGGAAGAUGUCCAAGAGGCAGUCAGAUUAAUAAGGUCCGCAAUCAAAGAUUAUGCGACUGAUCCUAAAACUGGAAAAAUCGACAUGAAUUUAGUUCAAACCGGUAAGUCCGUGGUACAGAGGAAACUACAAGAAGACCUGUCUCGCGAAAUAUUGAAUAUUUUAACCGACCGUUCUUCUGAUGUCAUCACUUUUAAUGAACUAGUAAGAAUUGUUAACGAACAAUCACAAGAUAAGGUGGAUAAUAUAGAUAUAUCCGAUGCAGUAGCACGUCUGCAACAGGAAGACAAAGUCGUAGUCCUCGGAGAAGGUGUUAGAAGAUCCAUUCGUUUAAAUGGUCGGGUAUAG